GCGGAGGUCGGGCCAACCGUAAUUGGCAAAAGCCUUAAAAAUCCAAACUGUCAUGCCGGACGAACGAAAGUAAAGCCAGUUACGACGUUCGUAAUUAGUGGAUUUUGUGCGUUCACGUAAAAUUAUCGUCUAGCAUCGGCGCGAAAAAGUGGGAUGCUAUGAAACUAAGCGGCACCAUCAUCGCCAAAGGUCUGGAAAUGCCGAAGACUCUUUUAAAUGGGAUUUCAAUGGUCGAGUCGGUUGAAGUGGAUGGCACACCGAUGGUCCCGAUGGUUCACGUUCUUCAAGACCACCUUAGCAAUAGUUUGCAGGAGAAGAAUAUGACGAUUAAAGAGGAGCGUUACUCGUGCGACUUCGAUCAUAUGUACACAAGCACCAACAUCCACGACAAUGGAGAAGUGCGGCACAUCAAAGCUAUGUCCCUCCUGCACCUCGACGUCAUCCAACACCAGUCCGAGGAACUUGUCAGAAAGGACAAAAUCAUAUCUGCACUCAAGAUGGAGAAUGAAAUGCUUCAACAAAGAGUCGAGCGCAUGGAGAGACGGGUCAGUCUGAACCACAAAGCCAAAGUACCAGAAGUUGUCCCGACGACAACAGGGUCUGCGUGCUCUCCGAACGAAACAGCAGAAGUGUCUCCUCCCGUUGCCACCCCGUCAGCUCAGCUCACCGUGUCUCCUGCGUCCUCAAACCUGCAGGCUGCUGUCCUCGAAAAGACUUUGAUGAAGACUGAGGACACGACGCAGCAGCCGCUGAGUCCUCGCGCCAUCAGCGCGAAAGGCUGCGCGACACCUCAGGCAACUCAGCAAGCGGUGAAAACGUCUGCAGUGACGCAGGAGAGACCUACUCGGAGUUGUCGCAAUUCAACUGUGGCAACGGCUGAAGGCAGCCCUGCUAAACGUCCCGCGCAAAGUGGCGAAUCUGCAAUGAAGUCUGCUGAGAAUACAGAAAUGCUGGCAAGACGGUCAAAACCGUGCUUGACGAGAAGAAAAGCUAGCGAAUCGACAGAGGGCUCAACCGCAAAGACACGGAGCGCGCCCAUAGCCACGAAAAAGAGACUGUAUGUGCCAGGCACACCUGAUAUGAGUCUGUGGGACAUCAUAAAUAGUCCAGAGAAGAAGGUUAAAAGCGAAAAAGUCGUAAAUAAUAACAGCACAACGAAUCAGCCGCAGGAAUUAAGCCAAAUUGAACUAGAGGUUCCGACGUGGAGGAUAAAACACUACACAAGCUGCUACUCAAUGGAAGGCACAGAAAAUCUUGACGACGAGGUGUUCUUGAAAAGACACCAGCGUCUCGAGCUUGAUGAAAAGAGAAGAAAAAGGUGGGACAUCCAGAGAUUGAGAGAACAGCGCCAGUACGAAAAGCUCAAACAAAAGCAAUUUUCUCAAAUACAAGCUGCACCCAUCCCGACCAAUAGAAGGUCGAAGCAGGCGAGCAAAGAGGCGCCAACUGUCCAGGAACCAGAGGCCCUUUGGCCAAGCAUCGAAAGUAUUCAGUUCAUUGAAGUCACAAAAUAUUUACCUUUGGUUGCAUUUGGCUCUCCUGUACCGCACAUAACUGCAAGUGAUUUUGAGCUCCCAUGGAGCUUCAGAGAGCCAGAGCAAAAAGAGGAGGACGACAAGCCAAAGCGCAGAAGGUCAGCAUUCGCAUCGACCUUGUCAGCUACCCCUUCCCCGCAGCCUGCCAAUACAAGGCAAAGGGCUGUUUCUUCCCCCUCAACGUCAGCUGUGAACUUGCGAAGCAGCAGACGCAGUACAACUGCUGUCAUGGCACCUGAACCAAGAAGAACUUCAAGAAGGCGAUGAAGCACGGUGGUAUAAAUUUUAAAAAACACGAAAUGUUCUUGCCUUAAAACCAUUCUUUGUGAGGUGAUCACUUUUCAAUUUGGCGUGGAUACGUGUUGUUAUUUUCAAGUCAUGAAUUACAUGGAAAAUUAAUGUGAUUUUAGUUGCUGUGUCAAAAUUGCAGUUCGGGACGUUGGAAUUUAUUUUGAUUUGGCAUUGGCUGGACUAAAUUUUGCAUGCUGUAUCUAAGGUCUCUAAGACCUAUAGAAAUUUUAUUUUAUUCGCAAAAUCCAGCCAUGCCUGCUGUUUAAAUAUUUAUUUGGUGCUUGAAAAGUUUAUUUUUGUUGUUACUACGCACUCUCUUGUUUAAGAGGGAUAAAAGGGAAAGAUAUUUCGUGUGAAAUCACGUUUUUUAGUUUUUCCAUGUAUAACAUGGCAUUGGAAAUAGUCACAUGGUUUGAUUUGCCGUCAAAAGGCGGUGCAAAUUGAAAAUGUCCAGUGAAAGACUCACACGGGCCAUGAGUCUCGUUGCGAGCAGAGAGGUCUAGCAGGUUUUAAGUUUCUUUCCCGACCAUUGCAUUGAUAUUCAGCCACCUAGAGGCAGUCAGCACUUUUAGCUGCUUUGGUUCUGAUCUGUUAGCAUCAUUAUAAAAUAGAAUUGCAUAACAUAACACAGGCCAUGUACCGGACCUUCAGAGCCACUUUUUGGCCAGUCUCUGCUCUCUUGGGCAUUCCAGCUAACGCGAGGUUCACAGAAUCAUGGCCGCAGUACAAUCACCCUAAUCAGAAAAUAAGUCAUUGCGGAGCAUUAGCGGAAAUGCCAAGCAGUUUUACUGUUAUUCUGUGAUCAAGUUCUGUAUAACGUCUUUAGGAGUUUCCAUAGUUGUACAUUUCAAUGGUGUCAAAAAUAGGCUUUUAAUUAUUUAUUGCCAAAUCUUUAAUUUUUGGUCAACCCCCACCCUAUCAGUGUGUUUAAUAGGAAAGAUGCUGGUUUUAGAUUAAAAAGAGACAACCAUGUACAAAGUUUA